AUGCCGGCUCCCACGGCUCUCAAGAAGGCGGAAAGCACCCCGCUUGUCGCAGAUGUGCCAUCACCAGCGCAGGACAAUGACCAGGGGUUCCUCCUAGACGCCGCAGACGCUGCAGCGGCCGAUGUCGAAGUCAUUGUACCCGAAGCCGCAGACGCAGAGAAUAGCAUGGCUAUUGAUGAAGAGGGACGGCCUCGCUUUGCGCCAUCCAAAGAUAUUGAUCCCAUGACGAGAGUCGAAACACGAAAAAUCCCCAUCCCACCACACCGGAUGACACCAUUAAAACAUGCAUGGCCUUCCAUCUAUCCUCCCAUUGUGGAGCACCUGAAACUGCAGUGCCGUAUGAACAUUGCGCGGAAAACAGUCGAGCUGAGGACUUCCAAAUCCACCACGGAUUCCGGUGCGCUGCAGAAGGGCGAGGACUUUGUCAAGGCCUUUACUCUUGGAUUCGACGUUGAUGAUGCCAUUGCUCUCUUGCGACUGGACGACCUUUAUAUCGAGACCUUUGAAAUCAAGGAUGUGAAGACGGUCCAUGGAGAUAGCCAGAGCCGUGCUAUCGGCCGAAUCGCUGGCCACCAGGGAAAGACGAAGUUUGCCAUUGAGAACGCCAGCCGAACAAGAAUCGUGCUAGCUGAUUCAAAGAUUCACAUCCUGGGAGGUUUCAAGAACAUUCACAUGGCUCGUGAAUCUGUUGUCAGCUUGAUUCUCGGAAAGCCCCCCGGCAAGGUUUACGGCAAUCUGAGAACUGUUGCUGCCAGAAUGAAGGAGCGUUUCUAA